AUGGCCUGCCCUCUAUUCCAAGGGAGAAUACCAUGCGACAUGGACAAGAAAUGGUCACUGUUUGAGCUUACAAAAUGGUUGCUAGGUGAUUCCCAAGGGGACUUAGAGGCUGGUAAAAAGGUGGCUGGUGCUCUGAAUCGUUUGGAGGGAAAAGAGCUCCAAGCCCAGCUCAAGGAUUUUGUGUCAUCUGCCACCCAUGGCAAAAAAUACAACCUCUUCCGGGACCUCAUCCAAGAGAUGAAGGAACGAGAAGCCAAAUUUGAUAGGACUGUAUCCUUUGUAGGCUACGAGGUUGCUGCUGUGUGGGAUCCAGAUGGCAAAGAUUGCAAAUUUUGCAUUCUUGGCAAAUUAACCUAUCAUUGGAUGUUCAUGGGAAACAUCCCACAUAAGUUCUUGGAAGGUGUUGUCAAGCAUUGCAGUACAAAGGAGUACACAGGGGCUUUGAAUUGA